AUGGAUGUUAUGCCCGGCCCCAGUUGGCUUCGGGGGAAGCCCCUGGUCGGUGCAAUAACCACCGUGUGUUCCUCUGCCUUUCUUCUUUUCGGCUAUGACCAGGGUGUGAUGUCCGGAGUGGACAUCUCUGAGUACUGGCUGCAGCAGAUGGGCCAUCCCAGCACGCUAAUGCUCAGUACAAUCACCGCGUUGUAUGAUGUCGGCGCUUUCUUUGGUGCUAUCUUUGCUGCCUGCUUCGCAGAGCGACUUGGCCGGCGGCGUACCAUGAUCCUUGGUUCGGCCAUUGUCAUCAUAGGCACCAUACUCAUGGGUUCCUGUUAUGAGAGGAUUCAGAUGAUGGUCGGGCGGGUUGUGACCGGAAUCGGCGUUGGGUAUCUGACCGCAGUUGCCCCCGUAUACCAGAGUGAGAUCUGUCUGCCUAAGGACCGUGGCUGGCACUUGUCCUGUCAGCUAACCCAGAUGCUGCUGGGUAUCGUGAUAUCCUAUUGGGUAAAUUACGGCUUGUACUUCUGUCAUGGCCCCGUUCAAUGGCGAUUUCCCCUGUGUCUCCAGCUGGUCUUCGCCGUGUAUUGCAUGGUCGCCACCUUCUUUCUCCCCGACUCGCCGCGCUGGCUGAUGUGGAAUAAAUCGUCACCGGAAGCAGGCGUUGCAGUCCUCGCCGCCCUUCGCGAUCGGCCUGCAGAUGAUCCCAUUGUUUGUGCGGAGAGGGACGAGAUCCUUUCCGCGGUCCAACGUGAGUCGGAAGAAGAGGGCUCAUGGAUGGAUCUCCUGCGCGACGGCGGCGUUGCUGCCAACAAGCGGUUUUAUUUAUCCCUAGGAAUUCAGUUUAUGCAACAGAUGACAGGCAUUAACAUCGUUACCUACUAUGCACCUACAAUCUUCCAGAACAGUCUUGGAAUGACCCAGGAGAAGUCACUAUUCGUCGGCGGGUUUCUCCAAAUCUGGUACAUACUGGCUUCUUUCCUAACAUGGUACAUGAUCGACUCCGUUGGCCGACGUCGGCUAUUCAUCUCCAUGGCAAUUGGAAUGUGCAUUGUUCUGGUGUGUGAGGCAAUCUGCGUCCGCAUUGACAGUCAUGCGUCGAACAUUGCUGCUGUAUUUUUCAUCUUCGCUUUUGAAGCAUGCUUCACAUGGGGAUGGAUGGCUUGUGUCUGGGUCUAUCCGGCAGAGAUCCUCCCCCUCAAGAUUCGCGCCAAAGGAGCAGGCCUGGCUGCGGCAGCCGACUUUCUUGGUAACUUCCUGGUCGUUGAAAUUACCCCCCCAGCUCUCAAGAACAUCGGAUACAAGACGUACAUCAUCUUUGCCAUCUUUAACAUUGUUGCCGCCAUCAUUGUAUGGUGUUUUUACCCCGAAACGACCGGCCUGUCGCUGGAGAAUAUCGAUCUGUUGUUCCUUCCCGACGACCAGGAAGGCCACGACGUGAAAACGGACGAGCGAUUCUAUCGCAGAUUCCAAUGGCGGGUGGUUCCCAAAGCAUGGGACGCAGUGAAGAGGAGCAAGGCCGAGCGGAGAGACCGGAACACUGCCAUCUUCAUCGACGCGGAACUGGCAGACGGAAAAGUGUUGCGCAAUGAGAAUCAGAAAGAAAGCACUGUGGCCCAUAUGGAAAACGUAUCCUGAGUCCUGUCAGCGCCAUUUCUCAAUUGGCGCGAAGUAUUAUAUGUCACUAUACAGGCUUUUUAUUCUCCGAGACUUUCGCCUGCGGCAAGCCAACAAUGAGUGUAGUAUUUUCUUCGCGAUCCCCUUUGGAUGCCACCACCUCUAUGAGGGCAUUCAGGAUGAUGUUCAAUGUGUAUUUUUUCAUUAUGGAUGAGUGUCCAGCUGGUCUAUUUUGUGUUGGUG